CGCAAUUAUGGCAUUUCUAUUCUCUUCGUGGCAAAAGCGUACUUCGCCCAAUGAACCUAAUGACGAAGGGACAGACCCUUCAGGCAGUGGGUUGUGGACACCGUCCAGCGAUGAUGAGAUUCCUCUUCUCGGCGGUGAGCACAAGACAUCUUCAGCGUCAACCGAAGGCGAUCCUGGAACACCGCCGCUAGGCCAGCCACUGAAUGAGAAACUGUUCUGGUGGCAAAAGGAUCAAGGGUUUGACGGAGAUGCAAUCGCAACUCAGGAGUCGGUCUUCGACGACCCGGUCCUCGCAAAGAGAUAUGAACCUCGUCCCGACUGGGAGAACAUCCAUCGCUUUGAUCCCUCCGCGCGGUGGACUUGGAAUGAGGAAUACAAGCUGGUCAGGAAAAUCGACAUUCGCAUCAUGAUCUUCGCCUGCGUAACUUUCAUGGCGCUGCAACUUGACCGCGCCAACCUCACGCAGGCACUCUCAGAUAACUUCUUAUCCGAUCUCGGGCUUGACACUGACGACUAUAAUCUCGGAAACACGCUGUUCAAGCUGGCGUUCCUCUGUGCUGAACUCCCAUCGCAAGUGUUGAGUAAAUGGGUCGGCCCGGAUCGAUGGGUUCCUAUGCAAAUGUGCCUCUGGAGCGUGGUAUCGAUCAGCCAAUUUUGGUUAAAAGACAAGGCCACCUUCUUGAUCACGCGUGUCUUAUUGGCCAUCUGUGAAGGUGGCUUCAUUCCCGACAUCAUUCUGUACCUCAGCUAUUUCUACAAGUCGCGUGAGCUGUCGUUGCGUCUUGCUCUUUUCUGGGCGGCCAUGUCCUUCUCCGACAUUGUCGCCGGAUUCCUGGCCGCGGGCCUUUUGCAGCUCCGCGGACUGUACGGUCUGGAAGGAUGGCGAUGGUUGUUCUUGAUCGAGGGGGGGUUAACCUUUUCCGUGGGCUUGCUGGCGUUCGGCUUCAUGCCACCAUCACCAACUCAGACCGCGAACUGGUUUCGCGGAGAGAAGGGGUGGUUUAGCAAAAGGGAAGAAAUAAUCAUGGUCAACCGGAUCAUCCGAGAUGAUCCAAGCAAAGGAGACAUGCACAAUCGACAGCCCAUCACCCCGAAGCUACUGAUCCAGAGUCUUCUUGACUACGAUCUCUGGCCGCUCUACAUCCUCGGCCUUUUCUGGGAGCAGCCGGUCGUACCUCCGAAGCAGUAUCUCACACUGCUUCUGCGCGACCUUGGGUUCAGCACCGUCGUCACGAACCUGCUGACGGUCCCGACCAUGUUCUUGACCAUGUGCACCAUCUUGGGUAUCACGUACCUGUCGGAACUCUUGGACGAGAGAGCUCUCGUUGCCAUGAUAUCUCAAGUAUGGGCGCUCCCGUUCCUCGUAUUCCUGUACGCCGUGGAUCUCACGCAGAUCAACCGAUGGGUUGCAUGGGCGAUGCUGACGCUGCUGCUCGCGUACCCCUCUCCCCACGCCAUCCAAGUCAGCUGGAACUCUCGGAACUCCAACGCUGUUCGGCUACGGACGGUUUCCGCGGCCAUGUACAACAUGUGCGUGCAGACCGCCGGCAUCAUGGCGUCAAACAUAUACCGGGCCGACGAUAAACCCCGCUACCGGCGAGGGAACCGGAAUCUGGUGACCAUCGCAUGCUUCAACAUCGGCCUAUAUAUGCUGGUGAAGGCGUACUAUAUGUGGCGCAACAAGGUCAGGGAGGAGAAAUGGAGCGCCAUGUCGGACGAGCAGAAGCGGCAUUACCUUGAUACCACGGGGGACGAGGGGAACAAGAGGCUGGAUUUCCGGUUUGCACACUAAUGUGAGCUUCCCCGGAUGCCAAGCAUGCAUAUCUGGGCUGCUCUUCACGUAGGCAGGGUAGAUCCCGGGUAGUAGCCGGUUGGUGGUUUUGAAACGAGCGCUGAUAAACCUGGUCGGCCGGGCCGUCUCUGGGAGCAGUCGGGAAUGCGACGGCGUGCGGCGGACGUCCCGGACACACACAUCUCAACACUUUCACCUCCCUCUUUAGUCGCGCAAGUGGUCGGCACAAGGCUGUCGCCGACGUCCAUGGCGCGAUGCGGGUGCAGGUGUCAAUUAUACGCGUCUGGGUGGCUGUUGCAGGCGCCUGGUCUAGACCCGCAGCUGUGUGUGGCAGACGUUCCAUGGCAUGAUCUGGGAUCAUCACGCAGCACGUCUGCGCGGCGCUGGCCAAUCGUCAACCGUGAGCAUCCCGAUGUGGUGAGGGGUUAAGCCUGGCAUCGGACGUCGCCGCGCCCUCAUUUGGCCGGGUCUGGCACACC